UUUCUUUUGGUUGGCUCUGAUGUUUAUCGGGUCUGUAUAAUGUUUAACAUCUCUAAUUAAGCAGAAGAAGAUGAAGCAGUAUAAGUAACAGUGUGGGGAACAGCAUGGUCAGAUGAACGCAACGGGGCUUCUGAUUUUAAUAAUUUGAAAAGAAGAUGAAGUGUCUCCUGUGCCUGUGUUUACUCCUUGCUGUUCUUUGUGCUGUAAUCCAUUGCUGCCCUGAAGACAUUUGCCAUGAAGUCAACAAUACUAAUCUGCAGGAUGGAAGAGAAAAUUUAUUAACGUAUAGCUGUUACAAGAAAGGCUCUAACUAUGCAGAUUUUGUAUUUAGAUUUUACAAGGAGGCUGCAUCAAAAGAAGUUGAUAAAAAUGUUUUCUUUUCUCCCAUAAGUAUCUCCACUGCCUUUGCCAUAGUGGCUGUUGGUGCUAAAUCAACCACUCUGACUGAGAUUCUUGAAGGCCUGGGCUUUGAUGAUGUGACUGAGACUAGCGUACGUGAUGUACAUGAAAGUUUUCACAAAAUUUUGUCAGUACUGAAGUGUACUGAUGUUAAUUUCACAUUAAAUAUAGGGAAUGCCCUUUUUACAGCUAAUGGGUAUGAACCACAUGACUCAUUUUUACAAAAUGCCACACAUUUUUAUGAUGUAGUAUUUUUCUCUAGUGAUUUUCAUAAACCAGAACAAGCUACAAAGCAAAUCAAUAAAUAUGUAGAGGAGAAAACCAAGGGGAAAAUUCCUGAAUUAGUUGGUCAUCUUGAUCCAAGUACUGUACUGGUUCUUGUUAACUAUAUUUAUUUUAAAGCUGCCUGGGAAAAGUCUUUUGAUCCUUUGCGUACAUAUGAGGAUGAUUUUUUUGUGAACACAAAUGCAUCUGUUAGAGUCAAUAUGAUGCAGCGUGAUGGUACCUCAAACACUUACUACGACCAGGAUCUCUCCUGUAUGGUGGUAGAGCUGCCUUACCAGGGACUUCUACGAGCAUUGCUUAUUCUGCCUGAUGAUGGAAAGAUGAAGCAAGUGGAAGAAGCUCUCUCCAAGGAAACUGUUUGUAAAUGGCAGAGCAAACUUGUGAGCAGGAGAUUAAAUCUGCAGUUACCAAAGUUUUCUAUUAGUGGGUCUUAUGAUGUUAAAUCCGUGUCUGAGCAAAUGGGAAUUACUGAAUUGUUCUCAGGUAAUGCUGAUCUGUCUGGAAUUAGCAGCAAUCAUGAUCUCCGGAUUUCACAGGCAGUUCACAAGGCCUUGCUGGAAGUUGAUGAGGCUGGCACUGAAGCUGUAGGAGGCACUGCCAUAAUCUCUACCAGAUUUUCCUAUUCUUCUGAUACCAUCAAAUUCAACAGGCCUUUCCUUAUUUUGAUCUCUGACAAACAAACCAACACCACAUUUUUCAUGGGGAAAAUUGUUGAUCCUACAAAGAAGUAAUUCACUGGGUUAUUUGGCAUACUGAUAUUGGGUAUGGGUUAUAAUGGCUAGAGUGUUUGCAGUUUUGGGCUAGGUAGUGCUGCUACCUAGUCUGUGAUUGAGGGAUAUUCAGAAGUAAAUGAGAAAUUUCCUUAUUGAAUUAAUGAGAAAAAAAAUUGUAAAACAUCACCAUUAACUGUCACUUUUUAAAUGUAACAUGUUCCCCAGCUGAAUAAUUGUAUUGGAUUUGCAUGGCAAGGUUUUGGUAGUGGGGACCUGUGGCGGCCUAUGGAGGUGACUUCAAGCUGCCAGAAGUUUCCCCCAUAUCUGACAGAGCCACUGCCAACCAGCUCCAAGAUGGAUCUGCUGCUGCUGAAGGCUGACCCAAUCAGGAAUGAUAGUAACACCUCUGUGGUAACAUAUUUGAGAAGGGAAUAAAGUUAUUUCGCAGAAGCAAUUGAGUCCAGAGGAGUGCAGAGUGAGAAACCACAGUCCACACACCAAGGUCAGUGAAGAAUGAGGGGAGGAGGUGCCAAAGCAAAGACCCACCUGCAGGCUGUGGUGCAGACCAUGGUGAG